AUGCCGGAUUUCGAGCAUUUCCGAUUUUCAUAUAGAAGCAUGAAUCCAUUGUUGGGGGAGAACCUGUAUGCGCUCCAGCAACAGCAGAGUCAGGUGACAGGCUUGUCGGAUUCUACCACUGGCCUGUCGCCAGAUUCUCUGUAUGGCGCAUCUGACCCAGGCUUCAUCUUCGGCGAGCAUGCAGGUGUGGGGGGACAGGAUGGUUUGAACGUUGGCGUCCAGCCCCACGGGGGCAUGGGCAUGCCGUAUCUUCACUUAAGCAAUCCCCUGUACCGUACGCCGCCUCCUGCCCCAGCAGCAAUGGCCUUAAGGAACGACCUGGGCUCCAAUAUUAGCGUGCUCAAGACUCUGAACUUGCGCUUUCGUUGUUUCUUGGCCAAAGUUCACGAACUGGAGCGCCGGAAUAAGGCUUUAGAGAAACAGCUGCAACAAGCUUUGGAAUGUAAUGACGACACGGGAGAAGGAGAAUACCCUAAGAGGCCUUUGACCAGAGACAUCGGGGUUCAGACGGGUUUCGUCGGUCCCAUCCCAUUAAGACCGGAUCUAAUUUCCCUGCAAAACGUGAAUAACUCCGCGUACCUCUCAGGCGGGUUACUGUCGCCAACUCUAAAUACCAUAUUAACUCAAGAGCCCAACAAAUCAGCGUUUUGCAACCUAAAUGACACCAGCGUAACGGACUCAAAUUCUAAUCUCAACCCUGACCUCCCAAAGAGCCCCAUAACUCCAACUGAUCCCCCCUCCUGUAUUAUAUCCAAUAUAAACGAGAAAUAUGUCAACACCAGGUCAAGCAUAUCCACCAAUCCUCCGCCCAGGUUUCUUCCUGGGACCAUUUGGCCCUACAGUCACGCCCGCAGGUUUGGUUCGAAUCAGGAGUCUCGGCUAUCAGGCCCGGGUGUGUCUUGGGCAAACCCUGACGGUGUGGGAGUCCAAAUCGACACUAUUACACCCGAGAUACGCGCCCUGUACAAUGUGCUGGCCAAAGUGAAACGGGAAAGAGACGAAUAUAGAAGAAGGUGGGAAGAGGAGUACACAGUCAGAGUGGACCUACAGGAGAAGGUUGCAGAGCUGGAGGAGGACCUGCAGGAGAGUGAGGAGUGUCAGGAUGAACUGGCCCUGAGGGUGAAGCAGCUGAAGGCGGAGCUUGUUCUCUUUAAAGGUUUAAUGAGUAAUAAUCUGUCAGAGUUGGACAGUAAGAUCCAGGAGAAGGCCAUGAAGGUGGACAUGGACAUCUGCCGCAGGAUCGACAUCACGGCCAGGCUCUGUGACGUGGCCCAGCAGAGGAACUGCGAAGAUAUGAUUCAGAUCUUCCAGCAGGUGGCCACGCCUCCCUCAACUCUGACCCGACGGCCCCGUAAGCAGACAGUCAAAGGCAAUGAUGGAGACGAACCAGUCAGCAUGUCCGAGAGCGAGGAGGGUGGGAUUAAGGAAGCUGAGUCGAGCAGUUCAGCCAGUCAGAUCAAUGAGAUGCAGAAGAUGUUGAACCAGCUGCGUGAGUGUGAUAUCGAAGAUGACUGUGACAGUCUGGCCUGGGAGGAGACAGAGGAGACACUGCUGCUGUGGGAGGAUUUCCCAGGAUGCACCUUGGGUGCGGACACCCAGGGGGAGCAGGAGGAGUCCAUAGAGAUGGUGAUCAAAGACACGGAGUCGUUGUUUAAGUCCCGUGAGAGAGAGUACCAGGAGACCAUAGACCAGAUUGAGCUGGAGUUGGCCACAGCGAAGUCAGACAUGAACAGACACCUGCAUGAGUACAUGGAGAUGUGCAGCAUGAAGAGAGGACUGGACGUCCAGAUGGAGACCUGCAGACGACUCAUCACACAGAGCGGAGACAGAAAAUCCCCCUUUCUCAUGCCUAUGACCGUGGAGGAGGGUGAGGAUGGAGAGAAGGAGAGGAAGAAAACGCCGGUCCUUGGUGAUUCUGGAAGUACUGAACCGGGCUGUGAUGUCCAGCCCAAUCCUGCUGUUGCCCACUUAGCCUCGAAAAAGUGUUAA